AUGGUUUCCACAAGUAAAAUCAAAUCCGUUGAUUUUUACAGAAAAAUUCCCAGAGAUUUGACUGAAGCAUCUUUGUCAGGUGCUGGGUUGUCAAUUAUAGCUGCCUUUGCCAUGAUCUUUCUAUUUGGAAUGGAACUAAAUGAUUAUUUGACAGUGAGUACCUCUACAUCAAUUAUUGUUGACAAGAGUUCUGAUGGGGACUUCUUACGAAUUGAUUUCAAUCUGAGUUUUCCAGCACUAUCUUGUGAAUUUGCAUCCAUUGAUGUCAGCGAUGUCUUGGGAACAAAUAGGUUAAAUAUAACUAAAACUGUCCGCAAGUACUCGAUAGAUUCAAACUUAAAGCCUACUGGCUCUGAGUUUCAAUCAGGACCAAUUUCAACAGCAAUUAAGCACGAUGAGGAAGUUGACGAAGAACAUGGUGAAGGUGCUGUUACACUUAAUUCACACAAUUUUGACAGAGUUUCACAUCAGCACCCUAUUUUGGUAGUAAAUUUCUAUGCGCCUUGGUGCUACUGGAGCAACCGCUUGAAACCUUCAUGGGAGAAAGCAGCCAAAAUUAUAAGAGAAAGAUAUGACCCAGAAUUUGAUGGACGUAUUCUUUUGGGAAAGGUUGAUUGUACUGAAGAAGUUGAGUUGUGUAGAAGGAAUCACAUACAAGGGUAUCCUUCUAUUCGCAUCUUCCGCAAGGGAAGUGAUGUCAGAGAUGAUCAUGGGCACCAUGAGCACGAGUCAUAUUAUGGGGAUCGGGAUACAGAUAGCCUAGUUAAGACAAUGGAGGACAUGGUAGCUCCUAUUUCUUUGCAGUCACAAAGUGCUUCAGACAGUCAGCCGUCCAAUAUGACAGAUGAUGCCAAAAGGCCUGCACCUUUAACAGGAGGAUGUAGAAUUGAGGGUUUUGUACGUGUAAAGAAGGUUCCUGGCAACCUUGUUAUAUCAGCUCGUUCUGCUUCCCAUUCUUUUGAUGCUUCUCAGAUGAACAUGUCGCAUGUUAUUUCCCAUUUUUCUUUCGGUAAAAUGAUCUCACCAAGGGUAAUGAGUGACAUGAAGCAAGUGCUGCCAUAUCUUGGUGGAAGCCAUGAUCGGUUGAAUGGCAUGCCAUAUAUCAGUAAUCCAAGUGAUUCAAAUGCAAAUGUUACUAUAGAGCACUAUCUUCAAGUCGUAAAAACUGAGGUGAUGACAAGAUCUUAUAAAUUAGUCGAGGAUUAUGAGUACACUGCUCACAGCAGUCUGGUCCACAGCCUUGACAUCCCAGUUGCCAAAUUUCACUUUGAACUAUCUCCGAUGCAGGUCUUAAUAACUGAAAACUCAAAGUCAUUUUCGCACUUCAUUACAAAUGUCUGUGCCAUUAUUGGAGGUGUUUUUACGGUUGCUGGAAUAUUGGACGCAGUGCUGCACAACACCAUGAGACUGAUGAAAAAAGUUGAAUUGGGGAAACAAUUCUGA